CUUGAACAAACCUUUAUAUUAACUAAUUCUAAUAUCAGAAUAUUUAGAUUUUACACAGCUCCUUAAAAUAUCAAUAGUGCUGUUUUACAAUUUUGUGUCUCUCUGCCGAACAUGAGGAAUCGACUUUUGGAAGUCAUGUUGGUAAAUGUGUUAAUCAGUUCUAUUGUUUGAACAAUUAAAAAUUACGACCAUGUGUAAGAAUUGUUUUUAUCCUUCACUUUUAUUAUAUGUAUAAGAAAUACAUUUAUAAAGCAAAACAAAUUAAAAACUAAUAAUUGUCACUAAUAAUUACCAGCAAAAUAUAUUAAUAGUUUUUUUUUAUUUAAAGGGAGGAACUAAGAAAUCUAUUCAAGCAAGGUGAUUGAGCUUGUCAAUUUUCAAACUUUAAUAAAAAGAAACUUACUUCAUAUGUUCUUAAACUCUCGUAUUUGAAUAUAAUAUUUCAAAAUUACUAUACUGCAUUAAUUCAUAUAAUAAAAAAAUAUUUUGAAAUACUGUAAAAUUUUAAUUGAUAAAUUUUAUAUAAAAUAUAUUAAAUUUUAAAUGACUUAUCUUCAGAGAGAAUUUAAAAAUUUAUCUCUUAUGCUUCAUUUAUUUAUUUAUUAUUAAUUAAUUUUUUUAUACUUGACUUUCAUUCUAAGCCUUUCUCAUUUUUUAUUUCAAAUAUUUUAGAAUUUUAAAAUUUUUCUUCUUAACGCUAUUAAUGUUGAAGACUAAUCUUUGUUUAUGAAAGCUAAUUCUUCCUUAUCACAUAGACCCUUCAAUUAAAUGUAGAAUUCUUUACUUACAAGUUACAAUACUUAAAGUUAAUUUGGUAUGACAUUAAGGUAUUACUCCCCAUUUAUCACAUUGCACAUAAGCCAAACCUGCCCUUUUCAGAGCUGAACAAGAACAAGAACUAGUGUUUCAAAAGCAAAGCUAGUCCACAAUUAUGUCACCACAGUAAAUGGGGGUAACACCUUUUUUAGCUGUAAAUUUAACUACAAUGACGUCAUGUGAACCUAGCUUGUUAGGUAAGGAUAUUUCCUUGGAAUUUUCCUCUUUUCUUCCUGGUCCUCUAGUUAGAUUUUGUAGAUUCUACUUUAGUGGCUCCAAAUUCACAUCAGGCUCUCGUAACCAAAAAAAAAAAAACAAUAUCAUUGAUUAAUAAGAAACAAUAUUGACAAGGGUAAGUAAGAAAAUUAUCCAAUUUACAACUUACAAUAAAGAGUUCUAGUCUUUAACAACCACUACUAAGAAAGGAACCCAUUAUUCAGAAGCAUACAAAACAUCCAACUGUAACAUUAUCACUCUCUCUUCCACUCAAUCAGAUUUGCACAUGAUUAAACCUCACAACUUUCCUUUAAAUUGGUCCACAUCCCUUGUCCUUCCCAUUGUGAUUCAUUCAACUAUCAAACCACAUUGCAAGGUGUUAUUUCAUUUGAAACCUUGCCAUGGCUUCCAACAAGCUCAUUGCUACCAUUUUGGUGCUUUCCCUCCUUACCUACACAACAUUCACAAAUGCUUGUGGGACAUGCCACCCUAAGGCUACCCCUCCUCCUGCAUCUGGGAAGUGUCCCAAAGACACAUUGAAGCUUGGUGUUUGUGCUGACAUCCUUGGACUUGUUAAUGUUGUUGUUGGGUCUCCUGUUUCUAGCAAGUGUUGUGCAUUGCUUGAGGGUUUGGCUGAUGUGGAGGCAGCACUUUGCCUUUGCACUGCCAUUAAGGCCAAUGUUCUUGGGAUCAACUUGAACGUACCAGUCACACUCAGUGUGCUACUUAGUGCUUGUCAAAAAUCGGUUCCUACUGGCUUCCAGUGUGCAUAGAAUAGAAUAUUCAUGUUGGGUUCAUAUAUCAUUACUUUGUGUACUCUUAUUUGUGCUUUCUUGUAGGUCUUGUGCAAUGUGUGACAUGUUUCAUUUUAAUAAUCAGGCAAUCAUGUUUGCCUUAAUUUACCUUUGUUCUUUUCCAGUAAAUUUGGGGAAGUUUGAUUUGAAGAUUGUCAAUUGAUAUUAAGUUCAUGUUUGGUUUAGUUUAUUUUAAGAAAAUAAUCGCUUAUUUUGUUUAUAGUUUUAUAAGAAAAUUAAAAAAAAAGCGAUUAUUUUCUUUAUAAAGAAAGCUCAUUCGAACAUUUGUACUAGUUUUUUUUUCCUGGGUAUAUUGGAGGUGUAAGGAUUUGAGUAUACAAAGUAAACCUCCGAUAUCAUUCUUAGACCAAUGUGAAUUGCAGAAUUUUUUGUACUUUACAAUUAGGUUCAAGAGUGUAUUAUAAAUUAUGUCAUUAUCGUCUAGUGUUUUUUCUUUCUUGAAUCAUUACCUCUUUUUACAAGAAAAAUCAGUUUUGCUCUUUUUUUUUUCGUCCUCGAAUUAAAGAUUUUGAAUUCCAUUCUCUACCUAUUUCUUUCUUAAUUACUGAGAAGUUAAAAAAAAAAAGAGACAGAGAGAAUAAAAUAGAAUUUCUAUUUAUCAAUUUUCUCUCCAGAAACAUCUUAGUAAGGAUAAUUAUAUAACCUGUAUAUUAAGCAAAUAAAGUUGACUUGUAUAUACACUCUAUCAUGUUCAUACGAGAAAGUUAUAAAUACCCUUUUUGGAUACAAAAUACAAUGUUUCCCACAAAAGACAACAGAUGCAGAGCGAUCUUUAAUUCUUUAUAAAAUUUUAUAUAUAAGUGAAAGAAGGUGUAUAAGAAUCCUUGUUAAAAUAAAAUUGCAUUGUCCGAAUUGUAUACGGUACAUGGACAAGCAAGGUUUCACAGGUAGGGUUAGGUCAUCUUUAUUGCUACUUCUUUACGCAACUUCUUGUUUUUAAAAAACAGUCCAUACAAAGAUGCAUCAUUAGAGAAUGUGAAGUAGUAAAAAUAAUAAGAACUAGUUGCUUCUGCAAGCAACCUUUGCAUGCACUGUGAGGGUUCAUAAGUACAAGUUUACC